UCUUUUUUUUUUUCUCUCUAAAAUUUUAAUGUAAAAAAAAAAAAUUCAAAAAAUAAUAAUGAUAAUAAUGAUAAACCAUUUGAUAAUAUUAUUUCUAUUUUCUUUAUUAUUCAAAUCUGUAUAUACAGAAUAUAGAACAUUAAAUGGAACGUACAAUAAUUUAAGAAAUCCGAUUUUAUCAACAACAUUAGCUCGAGAAAAUCCACCUGUUUCUUUCUUCUCCAAUUCUGCUAACUUUAAUAAUGAUUUUCAAUCGUUGCCUGCAACUCCAGGAAAUUAUUCAUCAUUAGUACCAACUAAUCUUGCAAGUUGUAGUUCAAGCGCCCAAUUGCCUGAGGACUUAUAUCCGUUACCUAGAUGUGUUAGUAAUAUCAUUGGAUCUGUUAGAGCAAAUUUAACUGAUGUAUAUAAUUUGAGUACUUUAGAAAAAUUUAAAUCGAAACGUAAAAUUUCUCACAUAUCAACUUUUUGGGGUUUCUUUGCGAGUUUUGAUUUAAUUGCUGGAGACUAUAGCGGUGAUAGUUAUCCAACUGGUAUUUAUAUUCCACAAGAUGAUCGAUCAUAUUUGUCAAGUUUUUCUCAAGGUCCAAAUUUAGCAAUUGAUGUGGCAUCAUUUCAAUUUCAACGAUCACCUUCAACAUCAAAUUUAGCAGGAACAAAUACUGCCACACCAUUCGUAGAUGGUUCACAAUUAUAUGGUAUUAAUCUUGAACAAUUAUUACGAGUACGAGAUUAUGGAAAUCGAGGAAAGAUGUUAUUAAUUAGUAAUAAUGAUUCAGAAGAUUCAAAAUUUGGAUACCCACCUAAAGAUAUAAAUGGAGAAUAUAUUUUUGGUUAUACAGCUACGAAAGGAAGGAAUUUAUUUACUGAUACGUUUUACAUAAUAUUUUUAAGAGAACAUAAUAGAAAAUGUGAUCAAUUGUGGGAUAUACAUGGAAAUAAUUGGUCAGAUGAUACGUAUUUUCAAGAAUGUAGAAAAUGGGUUAUUGGUUUGCUUCAACAUAUUUCAUUUUAUGAAUAUCUCGGAAUUUCCUUAGGAUCACCUUUACCAUCUUAUGACGGAUAUGAUCCAUAUUUGGAACCAAGUAUCGAUACAUUCUUUGCAACCGUUACAUAUAGAUAUGGUCAUUCCGAAAUUAGUGAUUAUUAUGAUAUAGUAAACAAUCAAGGAAAUAUAUUGACCACGUUACCAUUAACUUCAUUACAAAUACCACAUUUAUUAGAGAGUUAUGGUAUACCAACUUUAAUCCUUUCAAUGGCUCUUCAAAGACAGGAGGAAAUUGAUAUAUAUAUUGCAGAUAUGAUGAGGAAAUUUAUUGCACAAUAUCAAAAUCAAACAGAAGAAAUGGAUAUAUUUAGAAAUAGGGAUCAUGCGAUACCAUUAUAUAAUGAUGCAAGAGAAGCAAUGGGUUUAAGAAGAGCGAGUGAAUGGUCAGACAUAACAAAUGAUACAGAAGUACAACAAAGAUUAAUAAGUGCCUAUUCGAAUGAUAUUGAUAAAGUUGAAGCUUUUUUUGGUGGACUUGCUGAAGAUCAUGUAAAAGGUUCAGAUUUUGGUGAAUUACUUUACAAGAGUUUUUACGAUCAGUGGUUGUCGGUAAGAAAUUCUGAUAGACUUUGGUACGAAUCUCCUGACGCAGAAUACUCUAAAGAAGAUAUUGCUGAAAUAAAUAACACAACAUUAUCACAAGUAAUAAAAAGAAAUACACCAAAUACAUAUCAACUACCAUCAAAUAUUUGGAUAGUACAACCAUCAACAUCAUUAAAGUCCGUAUCAGACUUAACUAUACCUAACCCCAAUAGUAUAAAUCAAUUAAAUACUGAUAGCUCUAAAAUUAAUGAUCCAUUAUUAUUUCAAUCGGAUUAUCCACCAUUAAAUCAUGUAUCAAUAUCGGAUACUUUUAAAGUUCAUUGGAAGAUAGUUAAUAAUAAUGAAAUUUAUUUUAGACUGACUGUUGCUAGUACAUCUGGAUGGUUUGCUAUCGGAUUUAGUGAUCAGGACAGUAUGAUAACUUCAGAUAUGAUAAUUUUUAGAAAUACUAAUAAUAAUAUUGAAGUAAGACAAUAUAAAUCUGAUGGGUAUAUUACACCAGAAUUACUUAAUGAACAGCAAGUGAAAGUAAGAAAUGUUGAUGUUAAAAGUGGAGUUUAUAGUUUGGUCGAAGUUAGUAGGCCGUUAGAAGCUAAGGGUAGUUCGUUGAAACCAAUUACCGAAAAUAACUUAAUAACGAGUAAGUAUAAUAUCUUCACGUAUUUUUCUUCCAAAAUAACUAAUUUAUUUGUUUUUUUUAAAAAAAAAAAAUAAGUGAUAUAUGCUUGGAAUCCAAGCAAUAAUAUUAUCACUUAUCAUGCGGGGAAUAAAGGGUCAAUGAAAAUGGAUUUCUUUGCUUCUACAAAAAUUGAUGAAAUGGAAGAUAAAAAAAGAAAGAAUUUAUUAUAUCAUGGAA